CUGUCUGUGUCUUCAUCCCCCUUUCGUUUUCGCUCUCCCACCCCGGAGAAACCAGGCGACAAUCCGGCCAACGCAGCCAUGCGCCCGCUUAUCCGAACCGCCUGCCUCCGCGCUCGUGUCCGCGCCAUGGCCACGCUUCCAACCACCACCGCCGCCGCCUUCUCUUCCACACGCGCCCCUUUCCCAUGCUCCUCUCCUUCGCCCGCCCGUCGACUGCUCGUCGCCACCCGCCUCCUCCCCUCCGCGCCGGCGGCGGCGGCGGCAGGGGCACGAACCCUCCGGACCUCCGCGGCGGCGGCGGAGGCCGCCGUCGAGGUGGGUGGCGUCAAGAUCGCGCGAGAAGAUGUCGUCAAGGAGGAUGACCCGACGAACAAUGUGCCAGACACCAUUUAUUCUAAAAUUGGCCUUCAGCUGCACAGGAGGGAUAACCACCCUCUAGGGAUUCUCAAGAAUACUAUCUACGAUUACUUUGACAAAAGUUUUCCUAGCCAGUUUGUCAAGUUCGAUGACCUCUGCCCUCUUGUUUCUACUAAGCAGAACUUUGAUGAUGUCUUGGUCCCUGCCGACCACGUAAGCCGGAGUUACAAUGACACAUACUAUGUCGAUGCUCAAACAGUCUUGAGGUGUCAUACCAGCGCUCAUCAAGCAGAGCUGCUAAGAGAAGGGCAUACACACUUUCUUGUAAUUGGAGAUGUUUAUCGUAGGGAUUCUAUUGAUUCAACUCAUUACCCUGUCUUCCAUCAGAUGGAAGGCUUUCGUGUCUUCUCUCCAGAUGACUGGUCAGGCUCCGGCAUGGAUGGGACAGCAUAUGCAGCUACAGACCUCAAGAAAACACUGGAAGGCUUGGCAACACAUUUAUUUGGUGCUGUGGAGAUGCGCUGGGUUGAUACUUACUUCCCAUUCACCAACCCAUCCUUUGAACUCGAAAUAUAUUUUCAGGGUGACUGGUUGGAAGUUUUGGGAUGUGGGGUCACUGAGCAGGAAAUUUUGAAAAGCAAUGGUAGGACAGAUCAUGUUGCAUGGGCCUUCGGACUAGGCUUGGAGCGACUAGCAAUGGUCCUCUUUGAUAUUCCAGAUAUUCGGCUGUUCUGGUCAAAUGAUCAGCGGUUCACAUCCCAGUUCUCUAAGGGCAAGCUUGGGGUCAAGUUCAAGCCAUUCUCGAAGUUUCCACCCUGUUACAAGGAUAUGAGUUUCUGGAUAAAUGAUGAAUUUACAGAGAACAAUUUAUGCGAGGUUGUUAGAGGCAUUGCUGGAGAUCUUGUAGAGGAGGUAAAACUAAUAGACAAUUUCACAAACAAGAAAGGCAUGACGAGUCAUUGCUACAGGAUAGCCUAUAGGUCAAUGGAACGUUCGCUCACAGACGAGGAGAUCAACGACAUGCAGUGGAACGUAAGGGAAGAGGUGAAAAGUAAAUUGAGAGUUGAGCUGAGAUAAAACGGAGCUAGCUCGUGUUCUUUGUAUGUAAAUUUAUUGAGAAGCAUAUUAAUAUAUGAAGAAAAACGGGGGCCAUUUUGCUCUUGUAAUAACCCACGUCUUGUGUUCUUUUUUUUCAAUGAAGGCGAAAAACCCCUUCGCAUAGUUAGCACGUUACAUUUUGCUGGAUUCCAGCCAUUUGAAGAUGAUCAUCCAUUGCUCAGUUCUGAUUCAAA